GCUUUCUUUCUUAGCCAAUCUGAACGUAAUAGCUUUGUUUGUUAGCCAAUUUUUUUCCCCCGGUGUUUAGUGAAAAUAUUGCCAGUCAUUGAAGACCGUGUGUUUUUAAAAGUUUCUAAAUCAGCUGAUUCAUCGUCGAUUUGGGAGCAAGAAUUGCAUACAUAAUAUAAGGACGAGCGGGGUAAAGUUCAUUACCUUAAAACCAUCUUGGAUAGACUACGGCUUGACGUUGAAGCAACUACUACAUUUCACUGAUUGGACAAUGUUGAAAGUCAUGACCUCAAGACAACCCUUCUUGUGUCGUCUGCUGGUCGUUCUUCUGUGUUCUGGCGUCACCGGCAUGAUUAUAGACUUGUCUCAUCCCCUCUCGCAUAAUACGAUCUACUGGCCCGGACAGCCGAAAUUUAACAGGACAGUUGUAGUAAUGGGAAGUAACAAGGAUAAAGUUUGGAUUGAAGUGGGCGCCUUCUCGUCAGGGGAGCACGGCGGCACCCAUAUCGACGCCCCCCGGCACUUCUCCCCCCACAGCUACGACCUGAAGGACCUACCCCUGGAGCAUACGAUAGCCGAGGGCGUCAUGAUAGACGCUAGAGCUGAGGCCGCCCUAAACAAUGAUUACCAGCUGACAGUAGAGAAACUGAAGGCCUGGGAGACUGACCACGGCAGAAUCCCCGACAAGGCCGCUGUGCUGGUCAACUUUGGCUGGACCUCACGCUGGUCAAACCCACGAGAAUUUUUCGGAACCAAUGACGUCACCAAUCACACGACCUUCCACUUCCCCGUGGUGUCCGCCGAGGCUGCCCGCUGGCUGCUGGACCACAGACACCUCAAGAUCCUGGCCGUCGACGUGCCUGCACCAGACGGCCCCACCGACACGACGUUCCCCGUCCACCGUCUGCUGCUGUCGCAGAACAUCGUCAUCAUCGAGAACGUCAUGGUGCCAGACUCACUUCCGGCACGCGGUUUCCGGCUGCACGCGGCGCCAAUCCGGGUCGAGGGCGGGACCGGCGUGCAGACGCGGGUCUACGCCAUGUUGUACGAUGACGUCACGAGCAGGUCACCAUUGGUCCAGCAUCUGUCCAUCUUGUUGUGUUUGCUGGUUGGAACAUUGGCUUGUUGGUUGGCGCAGGUCUGAUGGUAAAAGUGUUGAUAACGUGUGAAGUUUUUGAUGUAUAGAUUUUGAUCAUGUUGAAAUUUUUUGAUGAUGUAAAUUUUAAUCAUGUUUAAAUUUCUUGAUGAUUUAAAUUUUGAUUACGCUUGAAAUCCUUGCUGUAGAUUUUGAUGGCUUUUGAAGUUUUUUGAUGAUGUGAUGUUGAUGAUGUUUGAAAUCCUUAAUGUAAAUUUGAUAACGUAUGAAUGUAUUAAUGAUGUAAAUGUUGAUGUGUGAAUGUCGUAUGUACAUUUUGUUGAUACUGUAAAUUUUCUUGAUGAUGUGUGAAUUUCGUGAUGAUAUAAAUUUUGAUGACUUAUGAAUGACUUGAUAAUGUAAAUUGAUGUAUGAAUUUCUUGAUGAUGUUGAUUCCUCAGAUGCUCUACAAUAUAGUAACUUUUUUGUUCUUUGUAUCAUAUGUACA